AUGAAGCAUCAGCUAGAGGUGUCCAACAAUACCAUCAGUGAUCUUCGGGCAGAAGUAGUGUCAUUGCGCAAUGCAAUUUCUGCAAAUUCGCGGCGUUAUUUCUUUGGAGUGGUCUGGAAAGUCAUCUUCGGGGAAUAUGCAAAUGACGCAAUGACUGUGAACUUCGGUGUGCCGCAGGGAAGCGUGUUGGGCCCCACCCUCUUCAUUAUACGGGGCCCAAUAGGGCUGGUGUUCAGCCGGGGUUGCGGGGUAAGCGCAAUGAGGCACCGCGACCUCGGCCCAGAGCAGGAGAAGGAACGGGGGGUUUUUUGUCAGUAA